AUGCAGUUAGUUCAACAACCUGCAAUCGUUUACCCCAUAUUACUACCAGUUCCAAGUCCAAUUGGACGUACAAAGACUUCGCCUGCUGCACAGGAUUCUGUGCAAAACAUCAAUCUUGCUGUCUAUUCAUGCAGUAACUACCCAUUUGGUUUCUUUAACGCAUUUGGAAACCCUGUGCGAAAGGACUCCGUGGACUAUGUCUUGCAUCUUGGCGGUUGGGGAAACAGUAUUGGGCGCGUCCCACUGCCCGGCAGAGAGAUCUACACACUUUAUGAUUAUCGAAAGCGCCUGGCAACAUACCGAACUGACCUGGACCUACUUGCGAACCAUGAAAAAUUUGCCUGGAUUCCAGUCUGGGAUGAUCACGAUGUUGCAGACAAUACCUAUCGAGAUGGUUCUUCUGAGUUAAAUAAUACCGAAGUUUCAUUUAUUAAUGAUGGUGGUGUCUCUGUUGACCAGCGGAAAAUGAAUGCAGUUCGUGCGUAUUUUGAAUGGAUGCCCAUUCGCCAGGCAGAUAUGGAUGAUAAUCUUCGCAUCUGGAGGAAUUUUAAGCUAGGAAAUCCUGUGGAUCUAAUCAUGUUAGACACCCGAAAUUACAACCGCUCUAUUACAGAUCUGUACUGGAACACAGACUAUGUUCAUGAGUUGUCUAAUGACGCUGGCCGUUCUAUGAUGGGAGCCCGUCAGGAAAGUUGGUUCUACCAUUCCCUGCUGGAAUCAGCCCAACGGGGAGCCUCGUGGCGGAUAAUUGGCAGUCAAACAGGCAAGUCUUGA